AUGCUUAUGAAAAAUCUGCAUACUAAUUAAAACCAGAAAAGGUAGGAUUUCGAGGUAAGGCUUAACCUUAUUUAACUUCAGUAUUAUAGUUACUUUAAGAGGCGUUGCUUGUUGAUGUUUACUGCUAGAUAUUCUUGCUUGAAAAUGAAGCAGUUUCAUAAUUACGGUUGCUGGAUGUUUCACCAUUUUUAAGAGAUUAAGCUUUGCUAUUAACUAUUUAUUGCUACAAGUUCAUAAGUUAAAUCUAAGACAUUGCAACAGGAUUUUAGAAAUAGUCCUUUCUAGAAUUUUAUGGUUAGGAUUAAGGAUUAUAAAGCUUAGAAUACUAUGUGCUUAUUGCUAUAUGUAUAUUUUUUAGAGUCUCUAGAUAGCUCUACACAAAAUAAUCUAUUGGUUCUGUACUUUUAGAACCAAAAAAUUCUUCAUUAAUCUUUUGUAUCUUUCCUUCUCCUAUUUAUAUAUUAUCCAAAACUUCUUAGAUCUUUACUUCAAGAUGAUCUUUAUCACUUUCAAAUCUCAAUCUUUCAACUUCAUUUGUCCAUAUAGGUCGACUGUUGA